AUGUCCGACCGCAACGGUGAAAAAAAUGCGCGGGAAAAUAAUAAUAACGUAAUGGCGGUUCAAAAUGACUCAAAUAACAAAAUAAGUGCAAAAGUAGCAGCUAAAGUGAAAAAAGCGAGAAGUUUUAUGGAAUUAUCUAUCAAUGACAUUGAAAAUGCAUAUUCUGUGAAGUCGUUAUCUCGAAACGACAGACGUGUGCUGGUUAUAUAUACCGGUGGUACUAUUGGAAUGGUCAAAAGUAAAAAUGGAGUUCUCAUACCCCAGAAAGGAGCCUUUGAAAAUUUGAUACGCGGCUAUCCUCAACUACACGACAAUGUUUAUUGGCGGCAAAGAUUGAGUGACGCAAGUUUUGACACUUCAUUUUUAGUGUUGCCAGAGGCAAAAGAAAUCGACUUAAGGAUAUGUUAUAAAAUUAUAGAAUAUGAAAAUCUUUUGGACUCAUCUGAUAUGACAGAAGCGGAGUGGAUUAGAAUAGCCGAAGAUAUUAUGAAAAAUUACGGCGAAUACGACGGCUUUGUGGUUUUGCACGGGACCGAUACGUUAUCUUAUACAGCUUCGGCGCUCUCCUUUAUGUUUGAGAACAUCGGUAAAUGCAUAGUGCUAACCGGUUCGCAGAUCCCAAUUUUUGAGCCACGCAGUGAUGGUGCGGACAAUUUUGUGUCCUCCUUAUUGAUAGCCGGUGGACUGAAUAUACCAGAAGUGACAGUUUUCUUCGGCAGUAAACUUUUUAGAGGUAACAGAACACGCAAAGUAUCGGUAAAUAAUUUGUUUGCAUUUGACUCACCGAACUGUGUUCCUCUCGUGGAGGUGGGAAUAGACUUCGAAGUGAACAAGAAAGCCAAGUUUAAACCGAGCACCAUAGAAAAAUGUAAUUUGCACGCGAAAUUAUCAAAGAACGUGGGCCUCCUUCGGAUAUUUCCAAGCAUAAGUUCAGCUGUCGUGAGAGCGUUCUGCCAGCCACCUAUAGAAGGUGUGGUGCUAGAGAGCUAUGGUUCAGGCAAUAUCCCAUCCAAUCGAGAUGACGUGGUCAAAGAAAUUGCAGCAGCCGUUAAACGAGGUGUUAUCGUCGUCAAUAUAACGCAGUGCAAUAGAGGCGCAGUUGUUUUACCUAUUUACGAGACUGGCAGGUUAUUAUCCGAGUGCGGCGUAGUAUCUGGUUUUGACAUGACACCGGAAGCAGCUUUAACGAAGCUGUCUUAUGUUUUAUCUAAGACGGAAUUGUCUUAUCAGCAGAAAGUAGAAAUGAUGGGAACGAACAUAAGGGGAGAAUUAACGAAUACCUCUUCAAUUACCAUUGAUGACAAUGUUCUUAUAGACGCACUAGCGUCGAGCCUCAACAUUCAGUCGCCGAAGAUGCUGAUGGAAGUAACUGAAAAGGUUUUCAGCGCGUUACUUCUUUAUGCGAUAGAACAUGACGAUACUAAGGCAGUAGAAAAAAUGUUAGACAUGGGAGCAGAUGUUAACGCACAAAACUCGGAAGGACGAACAGUGCUCCACGAAGCAAUUACAAAAGGAAAUCUUCAGAUAAUAGAGUUCUUGUUAAAGAACGGUGCUAAUGUUCAUCUCAAAACAAGAUGUGGCGAAUCUCCUCUACUAACUGCUAUUUCGUAUGACAAACAUGCGAUCAUAAAUCUCUUAAUCCAAUGCGGAGCUCAUCUAACAAGUGUUGAUGUGAAAUCGAUAGCUGAUUUACUAUCUGUUGCGGCCAGAAGUGGUGUUAUUGUUAAAUUUGAAUCUCUUAAAAUAGCUGGCGCUGAUUUCAAUAUCACUGAUGAAAUGGGCCAAACAGCUUUACAUAAGGCAGUAAUAUGCAAUCAUCCAGCCAUCGUGCGGUAUUUAUUAAAGAAUGGAGCUAAUCCAAGUGUUAAAGAUGUGAUGGGAUUCACUCCACUUGACUGCGCCCAAAAGCUCGCUAACAAAACUAUCAUCGGUUUUUUAGAAAGAGAAGCAAAAUAA